AUGGCCCCGCCGGUGCGUUGCUGCGUCCCAGGUGAGCGGCUCUGCAGCCUGGAGGAGGGCGCGGCUGGCAGCGGAACCUACACCCGGCACGGCUACGUGUGCGCAGCGCUGGCCGGCUGCCUGGCGAAGACGAGUGAGAACGGAGCGCUGCCGGUGGUGUCUGUGGUGAGAGAUCCGAAGUCCCAGCUCCUGCCUGACGUAGGGGCCAUCGUGACGUGCAAGGUGUGCAGCAUUAACUCCCGCUUUGCCAAGGUGCACAUCCUGUACAUCGGCUCCACGCCGCUGAAAUCCACCUUCCGAGGCACCAUACGGAGAGAAGACAUUCGAGCCACAGAGAAAGACAAGGUGGAAGUUUACAAGAGUUUCCGGCCUGGGGACAUAGUCCUGGCCAAAGUGAUCUCCCUGGGGGACAUGCAGUCCAACUACCCGAGCACAGCGGAGAAUGAGCUGGGUGUGGUGGUGGCUCACAGCGAAGCAGGGGCACAGAUGGUGCCGAUCAGCUGGUGUGAGAUGCAGUGCCCCAGGACACACUCCAAGGAGCUCCGCAAGGUGGCCCGCGUGCAGCCGGAAUUCCUGCAGACCUAGCUGGCCAGCCUGUGCCCCGUCCCUGCUGCAGGGCCACCAGCCUGCGCCUCCGUUGUCAUCCCUUAACCAGAGCAACCCCUGCAGGCCAGUGAGC